AUGAGCGCCAUUCCGCGUCCGAGGCCUCCGCGGGAGCGCCUGUCCUCGCUCAAAGAUGCCGGAAAGACUCGACCCGUGGGCACGCUCCCCCCACGCUCAAAGCCGAAGCGCCAGACCUGUUGCGCGAAUCCUACGCCCGAAGACAUGGAUGGUGUGAUGGUUUGUACCAGCUGCGGUAACGUCAUCAACGAGUCCCACAUCGUUUCCGAGGUCUCCUUCGGCGAGACUUCCUCCGGCGCUGCCAUGGUCCAGGGUGGCUUCGUUGGCGACGAGCAGAGGCAUGCGAACACCAUGGGUUCUUCUGCCCGCCGCUUGGGCCUGGGCGGCAGCGAUGGCAGGAGCACCGCUGAGUCGAAUGGCCAAGACGCAAUCAGAGGCCUGAUGACUGCACUUCGCAUGACGGGCGAGGGCCUUGAGGGACAAGCUAUGAACAUCUACAGGUUGGCUGCGAAGGAAAGGUUCACCCACGGGCGUCGACCAAUCGUCAUUGCCGCCUGCUGCCUCUACUAUGUGUGCAGGACCAAGAGGGACAACAAGUAUCUAUUGAUAGACUUCGCCGAAAAGAUCAAGCUCAACGUCUUCAAGCUUGGAGAGACCUACAAGGAACUUCUCAGCAAACUAUUCAUCUCAGACCCUUCCAAGAAGGAUCAAUACGCAGCACUCGAACCGGAACCGCUUAUCAAGAAGUACGUGGACAAAUUGGAGUUUGGAGAGGUCGGCGGCAGGAAGGUGGCAGAGGACGCGGUGAAGAUCCUCAAGAGGAUGAAGCGAGACUGGAUGGUGGAAGGCAGGCAGCCAGCCGGGAUUUGCGGCGCAUGUAUCAUUCUUGCUGCCCGCAUGAACAACUUCCGGCGGACUGUUCGCGAGGUUGUAUACGUAGUCAAGGUUGCCGACAUGACUAUCGCCAAGCGUCUGGUUGAAUUCAAGCGGACUCAGAGUGGCCAGCUUACCGUCAACGAGUUUCGGACCAAUUUCGAUGCUCUUCCGGACGAAAGCGAGCCUCCAUCAGUCUACCAAGCGCGUGAGCGGGCGAAAAAACGGCGCAAGCUGACGAGUGCCGAGGCGGAAGCAGAGAACCUCUCGGAAUCCGGUUCUCGACAAGCCUCUGUUGCACCCGAUCCUUCUCAAGAGCCUCGUCGCGAUGCCGACGGCUUCCUUAUUCCAACUGUUCCAGCAUCAAUGCCUAUCGACCCAAGUCUCCUUGCCGCCACAAAUCUCGCAGUGGAGGAGUUGCAAGCUGGCGAAGGCACUCCUGAGAAGAGGAGGCCGGGGCGGCCGAGGAAAAGUAAAGACCCGCCGCCGCCAGUGGCCGACGAAGACUUGGCGGUGGAGCAGGAGAUUGAGGAGGAAAUUGAGAACAUCCUCCACGACCCGGAGGUAAACAACGUGGAAGAUGUCAAUUUCGCCCUCGUGGAAGCACGCUCGAAAGCAUUAGCCAACCAGAUGAGGGGAGAACAAAGGGCGCCAGAGACCGAGAUUGUUGAGGACCACGAGUUUGACGAUGACCCAGAAGUCGCCAAUUGCUUGCUCAGUCCGGCAGAGAUCGCCAUCAAAGAGCGCAUCUGGGUCACCCAUAACCACGACUGGUUGCGCGAGCAGCAGGCCAAAAUGCUCAAGAAGGCAUUAGAAGAGGCCAAUGGCGGACCGAAAAAGAAGAAGCCGCGAAAGAAGGUGCCUCAACUUGGCGACAUGAGUGAAUACACGCGCGAUUCACCCAUCCACAGCGCGGCAGACGGCAUGCAGAGAAUGGUGCAGAGGCGUGGCAAGGGGUUCAGUAGGAACAUCAACUAUGAGAAGCUCAACGCUCUCAUGGGAAAGAACGAGCCGGAGGCUAGCCAGACUUCGAGCAGCAGGCCUAGCAACAGCGGGAGCCCUGAUCCAAGCGAAGCAUCGCUUGAGUAUGAAGAGGAGCCAUUGGAUGGCCCGGUUGAUCCUCAGCAAAGUUUGGUCACUCCUCCCGUCACUCAGCAAUCGCAAGGCGGGCAGCAGCAGCAGCAAGCCACCGUUAUCAAUGACGAAGAAAAUGAUGAAAGCGAGGUAGAAGAAGACCAGGAUGUUGAUGACACUGCGGCCGGUAUUGGGUUGGCGGGUCUGACCGGAGAGGGCGAGUUCGACGAGGCUGACGAUUGGUACGAGUAA